AUGUUGCAUCUUUCCUUUCUUCUCCGGUUGCGGCCGCGGCACAUCAUGUUCACGCCCCCGCCUCUUGCGAAGCGCACGGGCAAAUUCAGGUGCAAAGCGUGCCAGCACAGCUGGUUCUCCGACGAGGUGUGGGUGACCAAGACGACCCAGCGCGUGUACCAAGGCGAGUCCUGCGAGACGUGCGGGACAACAAAUAAGCCGUACUACGUCGGCCGACCAGAGGAGACCAUCUUUAACCGCGCUCGCACGCCCCACCCCGUAAAGCGCGGCGUCUCUUCGUCGCGCAGCGAGCGCAAGCUGAAACACUCACGGUUUGACUGGCGAGUCCAGAAGGGUCGGCACUGA